AUGGGAUCGUACGGUCUCUCUCCAACCGGCUCUCGCCCGACGCUCAAGACGCCACUAUGUGAAGUGCUCAAGAUCGAAUACCCGAUCGUUCUUGCCGGUAUGGCGAGGACAUCAUCCGGUCCUCUCGCUGCUGCAGUGUCAAACGCUGGAGGUCUCGGCGUGAUCGGUGGUCUUGGAUACACACCCGAUCAGCUGCGCGCCAUCAUUGCCGAGAUCAAGGAGAAUCUCAGGGACAAGAGCUUGCCCUUCGGCGUGGACUUGGCUCUCCCACAGGUCGGGGGAUCCGCAAGGAAGACGAAUCACGACUACACCCACGGUCAGCUGGACGAGCUCAUCACCGUGACCAUCGAAGAGAAGGCCAGCUUGUUCGUUUCGGCUGUGGGUAUUCCCCCUCCGCAUGUCAUCAAGAGGUUGCACGAGGCUGGAAUCUUGAUCAUGAACAUGGUCGGACAUCCCAAACAUGCCCAUAAAGCUCUGAAGGCCGGGGUGGAUAUGGUGUGCCCUCAGGGUGGAGAGGGAGGCGGACACACCGGGGACAUCGCGACCAGCAUUCUGAUCCCUUCAGUGGUUGAGGUCGCCCGACAGUAUACCAGUCCACUCACUGGUAAGCCGGCAUUGGUUGUUGCGGCAGGCGGCGUGCACAAUGGCAAGUCUCUGGCCGCCAUGCUUUCCUAUGGAGCAGUGGGAGCUUGGGUUGGCACCCGCUUCGUUGCAUCCGAAGAAGCAGGAUGCAGCAAGCUACACAAAGAAGCCGUCGUCAGUGCCGAGUUCGAAGACACGCUUCGGACUCUGGUUGUCUCUGGUCGGCCGCUGCGGGUGAGGAUGAAUGACUACAUCAAGUCGUGGGAGGUGGAUCGGCCGGAAGAGGUCAGGAGGCUUUGCGACCAGGGGAUCGUGCCUCUGGCUCACGACAUGGACAAUGACAAAGAUGUUGACAUUCCAUUCUUGAUGGGUCAAGUAGCUGGCGCGAUCAAAGAGAUCAAGCCAGCAAAGGACAUUGUGGAAGAGAUGGUAAGAGAAUGUGUCGAUAUCUUGAGGGCGCAGCAGAGUUACCUGGACGGUAGCAUAAGCAGUAAACUGUAG